AUGCUAGUACAUGGGAAAGAAGACUUCCUCUCAGACAUAGCUUAUAUCAUCCUGGAACUGAUCAUUGCAGUGCUGGCCAUCCUGGGGAACAUCCUGGUCUGCUGGGCAGUCUAUUUGAAUAGCAACUUGCAGAACGUCACCAACUAUUUUGUGGUGUCCCUGGCUGCUGCUGACAUUGCCGUGGGUGUGCUGGCAAUCCCCUUUGCCAUCACCAUCAGCACUGGCUUCUGUGCCUUCUUCUAUGGCUGCCUUUUCAUUGCCUGCUUCGUCCUGGUCUUGACACAGAGUUCAAUCUUCAGCCUCCUUGCUAUUGCCAUUGACAGAAUCAUUGCGAUCCGCAUUCCCCUCAGGUACAAUGGCUUGGUGACUGGCUCUCGAGCUAAAGGUAUCAUUGCCAUCUGCUGGGUGUUGUCUUUCAUCAUCGGCUUGACACCAAUGCUAGGGUGGCACAAUCGUGCCCAGAUCGAAGAGCUGGGUUCCAACAAGUCCUCUCCCAUCAACUGCAGCAACAGUAUGGUGGCAUGUCUCUUUGAGGCUGUGGUCACCAUGGAGUACAUGGUCUACUACAACUUCUUUGCCUGUGUGCUCUUGCCCCUACUCCUUAUGUUUGGUAUCUACUUAAAAAUCUUCAUGGCAGCCCGGCGACAGCUCAAGCAGAUGGAGAACAAGAUGGUACAUGGGGAACGUUCUCGCUCUACUUUGCAGAAGGAAGUCCAUGCAGCCAAGUCUUUAGCCAUCAUUGUUGGGCUGUUUGCAGUUUGCUGGCUUCCACUACAUAUUAUUAACUGCUUUACCCUUUUUUGCCCAAAUUGUGCCCAUGCUCCCCUCUGGCUGAUGUAUCUGGCUAUUAUCCUGUCUCAUGCCAACUCGGUUGUAAAUCCCCUAAUUUAUGCCUACCGAAUCAGGGAGUUCCGAUACACCUUCCGUAAAAUCAUCAGCCAGCACAUCCUAGGCAGGAAGGAGCCAUUCAAGGCAGGAACAGCUAGCUCCAGGACUUCCACUCAUGGUGGGGACGCAGAGAACACCAGCAUACGAAUCAGUGAGUAUGCAUUGGAGGUAUACACCAAUGGAGAGAUCCACAGGGAUCCUGAAAAGCAGGACCUAAACAAAUGCAAAGCUGGCUUGGAUUGGCACCAGAAUGGCAAUGCUCUGAACAUGGAGGCAAAUGGUCAUCUCCCACAUUCCUGCAAAAAUGGGACUCUCUCAGAUGUGUGCAUGAGCAGGGAGCUGCACAGUGAAGAACUACUUGAUGCCCAGGUAUCUUACUCGGAUCUGGAAAGAGCAGCCUUGGCAGCAGCUGAUGUUUCCUGA